AUGUUUAAGAUACCCUUGAACCUCGAUAUAAAUGAAACCCCAGUUUGUGCCGUAUCGCGAAAUAGUGAAAAGGCGAAGAUUCUUGCAGAGUGCAGCCUAAUCGUUUGGGAUGAGUGUACGAUGGCGCACAAGAAGGCCGUGGAAGCAGUCAAUCGCACUCUCCAAGACAUCCGACGAAACGAUCACAUCAUGGGAAGAAUAACUGUUUUGUUUUGUGGGGAUUUCCGUCAGACUCUACCCGUUAUAACCCGCGGAACCAGAGCUGAUGAGGUGAACGCAUGCCUCAAAUGCUCCGUACUCUGGCCACGGGUGCAGAAAUUGAGUCUGACGCGCAACAUGAGAGCACACUUAGGCGGCAACCCCCGUGCGCAAGAAUUUUCAGAUGCUUUGCUAAAAAUCGGCGAAGGUUCAUUUCCCGAAUCGAAUGGAUUAGUAACCCUACCAGAGAAUCUUUGUAAGAUUGUACCUUCGGUGGAGGAACUAAUUUAUUCAGUUUAUGGAGAUGUAUCUCAAAUAACGCAUAAGGACAACAAUUCUUGGCUUUGCGAGCGAGCAAUACUUACGCCCAAAAAUGACCAAGCAGCUGCCAUAAAUCACAGCAUUUUGGAAAAAGUUGAAGGAGACGAG